UUACUUUCUUUAAAGCUCUGAAUGAAGUUCAGGGAUGGAGGAAGAAUUGCGGCUCUCGGAUGGCAGUGUAUCUGCUCCCUCCACGUGCUGGCUCAACCCUCACACCGGAUUCUUUGGCACCAUUAAGAACUCCCCGAGCGACUUUGUGGUGACGGAGAUCAGCUUGUGCGGGUGCAUGGUAAGCGAUGUUCACUCUGAGAGCUGCAGAGGCGCUGAGGAAACUGACCAAGAGCCCUGUGUGCCAUUCCGCAAAAGACUAAAGAAGGCAGAAGAAAUUUGGGACAAUGUUGGGUCAGUGGAGAGCUCUUCUGGGUGUUUAAGUCUCGGAGGUUCCGAAGGUCUCGAAGACAGUUGCAGUGAGGCUACUGGUUGUAAUUCACCAGGUUCUGUCUUUCGGUCAGUGAAACUGGCUCCGGGCAGUGCCUUGGAUUCCUUCCUGGACGUGGCUGUGGCUGACUCGCUGGAGAGAUUUGCCCGUUUAGUUGAAGCAUGGAUCACACAGGAGGAGGGAGAUGGGGAAGGGACGGUCUUCUCCCUCGGAGUAUUUCCUGACAAAAGCCACCGAGCAGACAUCCACCGUGCCGUCCGUCAAAAAUACCCCUUCCUCAAGACGCUGACGAUUGGGGCCGAAAUCCUAGUCAAGCCGGACGGGAACUACUCCGGGCUCAGUCGCCUGCUCUCCCGGCGGGAAGCUGGUGACUUUCUCCGCUUCCUGGACUCCAGGGAUAAAAAUUCCACAUUUACCUUCAGCCCAGAUGGCAGCAAGGACCACAGGAAAGCCGUCCACCAUUUUGUCAGCAAGCGCUUUGGGAAAAUGGUGGAAGCAAAAAGCUUUCCAGAGCGCGGAGGCGACGGUGGCCACCAGAGGGCAGCGAUUACUGUUCGAUUCCGGGAGAGAUUUGCUUUCGGUAAGAAACGCAGUGCAGAUGAUUGUCCGGAGGCACCAGCGACCUACACAGCCUUCACACUUCGUAAGGAAAACACGGAAACCCUGGACGCUAUCGGUAUCCUGGCGGCAGAACUUGGUGUCGUGCCAUCAGAUUUCAGCUAUGCCGGCAUUAAAGAUAAGAAGGCGGUGUCUUUCCAGACUGUGGUGGUGAAGAACGUAACACCCAGGAGGUUAGAUGUGAAGAAGGCGAGGCUACAGAGCAAAGGUUUGAAGGUGUAUAACAUCCGCCUGGCCCCUCAGCACCUGCGCCUUGGCCAACUCUGGGGAAACCAUUUCAAUAUUGUGGUGAGAGGUGUCCGCAAGCACCAGGGGGAUGAUCCUGAGGCAAGUCUCUCUGAUCGGGUGCUGGAAGCUAUUCACAACGUCAAGGAAAAGGGCUUUGUGAAUUUCUAUGGACUGCAGCGAUUUGGAUUGGGGCAGAAUGUUCAGGCAGAUCAAAUUGGUUUGGCUCUACUUAAGGAACAUUUGCACAUUAAGAAUAAUAAAGAUACAAACAAGUAUGAAGGCUGGCCGGAGGUUUUAGAAAUGGAAGGAUGUGUUCCUCAGAAAAAAGAUUAA